AUGCGUAAGAGUGGCUUCUCCAUGAUGAUAGAUACUGACUUCGGAGUGUCAGUUUCUUACACUGGCAAUCAACAUGUGGAGAUUGGAGUUCCUGCCAGAUAUCAAAAUGUGACUUGUGGCCUCUGUGGAUCGUUGAAUGGUAAUCAGUCAGAUGACUUCUCAACCCCCAAUGGAUCCUUGGUGGAAUCGGUGACUCUAUUUGCUCAAAGCUGGCAGGUCAAAAAUUUUGUGGACCAUUGUGGGGACAUCCAACCACCACCAACUUGCCCCCUGGCUAAAUUGGCCAAUUAUUCCAGCUCAGAACACUGUGGCAUUUUAGAAAAAUCCCCAGGUCCUUUUGCUAAGUGUGCACAGAUGGUGCCUGUAUCUAGCUUUAUGGAAGUCUGUCUUAAUGAUGUUUGCACAUCUGGAGGGAACCGGACGGUGCUAUGCAAUCUCCUCCAUAUUUACACUGAACGUUGUCAAGCAGCCAACAUCACAGUUGGGCAAUGGAGAGAAAAGACACAAUGCGAAGUCACUUGUCCAGAGAACAGCCAUUAUGAAGUCUGCUCCACAGCUUGCCCUGCCAGCUGUCUGGAUUCCACCGCUCCGCUUUUCUGCUCUAAGCCUUGCCGAGAGGGCUGCUCUUGUGACAAAGGCUACAUUCUCAGUGGAGGUGCAUGCGUGCCUCUGAGCCAUUGUGGCUGCACACUAAACAACCAGUAUUAUGAAGUGAGCAAUGAGGAGAUCCUGACAGAUUCCUGCAGCAAGAAAUGCUUCUGUAGGCAGCCUUCUCACCCUAUGGAAUGCCAAGAGCAUGCGUGCAGGGCUCAGGAAACCUGUAGAGUGGUGGAUGGCGUCUUGGGAUGCCACGCUGAGGAAGUUGGCAAUUCCUGGGUGUUUGGAGAUCCCCAUUAUGUCACCUUUGAUGGAGUGGCAUUUGAUUAUGAAGGGACAUGCACAUACACCUUGAGCAGGUACUGUGGUCCUUUGAACAAGUUACCGAGUUUUACUGUCAAAGUGCAGAAUGAACAUCGGACCUCGUUGGCAGCAUCCUGGAUCUACCAGGUGGAGGUCGAGGUCUACGGGCAGCAGAUUGUUAUGAUGGCAGAUCAGUAUGACAAAAUACAGGUGAAUGGUCUUCUAGUCAACCUGCCAUUUGUUCUUCCAGCGGAAAAGCUCUCUGCUUACUACCAUGGCUUUUCCAUCCACGUUCAGACCAAUUUUGGUCUCUCUGUCUCUUACGACUGGUCCUACUCCGUAUCGAUGUCUGUCCCCAAGAGCUAUUCUGGGUUGCUUUGUGGUCUGAGCGGGAACUUCAACGGGAAUCAGAAGGAUGACUUCCAAAACCCCAAUGGCGGACUUCUUUUCAGCCCUACCGCUUUCAGCAACAGCUGGAGAGAACCGAAUUCCCCUUUCCACUGUACAGUUGUUGGGCUUCCACCCUCCUGUGAUGAAUCUCAGUACUGGCCUUUGCAUUCUUGUGGGAUCAUCCGUGAUCCAAGUGGGCCAUUUCAGCUAUGCGGUGACCCUGCUACUGCUCAAAUCCACUUUGAGAACUGUGUGAAGGACAUGUGCGUCACCUCUGGCAGCAGCCUAUGCAAAACCCUGGGAGCAUAUGCUCAGCAGUGCCAAAGCCGUGGAAUUGCCCUUCAGCCCUGGAGGGAGAAGGCUGGGUGUGGUAAGCUGGUGCAGAUUUACAACCCUGGUGUCACAGUAAUUGUCAACAUCUAG